UGGGUGCACUCUUUGCUACGAAUCUGUGCCAUCAUCAGUGUUAUUUCUGUUUGUAUGAACACUCCAAAGACCUUCGAGCAUUAUCCUCCUCUCCAAUAUGUGACAUUUGCUCUUGAUACUCUGUUGAUGUUUCUUUACACUGCAGAGAUGAUCGCAAAAAUGCACAUCCGUGGGAUAGUUAAGGGUGAUAGCUCCUAUGUAAAGGAUCGUUGGUGUGUGUUUGAUGGCUUCAUGGUCUUUUGUCUUUGGGUGUCACUGGUUUUACAGGUGUUUGAAAUUGCUGAAAUAGUUGACCAGAUGUCACCUUGGGGCAUGUUACGGAUUCCACGACCACUCAUUAUGAUUCGAGCAUUCCGGAUAUAUUUUCGUUUUGAGCUGCCAAGAACUAGGAUAACAAAUAUCUUGAAGCGAUCUGGAGAGCAAAUCUGGAGUGUUUCAAUUUUCCUUCUCUUCUUUCUCCUUCUGUAUGGGAUCCUGGGAGUGCAGAUGUUUGGAACUUUUACAUACCAUUGCGUAACCGAUGACACACAGCCAGGAAAUGUAACCUGGAAUAAUUUAGCUAUCCCAGACACCCACUGUUCCAGAGAGCUAGAAGAAGGUUACCAGUGCCCACCUGGAUUUAAGUGCAUGGACCUUGAAGAUCUGGGACUAAGCAGGCAAGAGCUGGGCUACAGUGGCUUUAAUGAGAUAGGUCUGUCCUACUG